UAAUGACGUGUAUCUUAAUUUGGGGGUAUCGUUUAUAUAUCUUUCUAAACGAGUGGCUAACCAAAUCAAUAAGGGUUUCGUUAAACCGAUCUAAAGGGCAUCUUAUCAAGAGCGUCUCCACAUGGGCAACUAAAGACUUUCAAUCGGCCGCUCUUAAAGCUUUUGAAACACUCAUCUCUACAUCUAAAAAUGUAAACGGAUCCUUUCGUCGCCUAAAUGCUUUGGUUGAAGGUCUUUCUGAAUGUGAAAAUCGUCAAUGUGACCAUACUGUUGGUUUUGGCGGUUCUCCCGAUGAAAAUGGAGAAACAACUCUAGAUUCUCUUUUGAUCGAUGGAUCUGGACAUAGAAGUGGGGCUGUGGCGGCGCUUAGGAAUGUUAAGUCAGCUGCACGUGUAGCUUGGGCAGUAAUGAACUAUACAGAACAUUCACUUUUGGUUGGAGAAAAAGCAACAAAAUUUGCCCAAUCUAUGGGGUUUAAACUUAAAUCAUUGUCAACUCCAGAAACUAGAAAAAUGCAUGAACAAUGGCUUGAUGAUAAAUGUCAGCCUAAUUUUUGGAAGAAUGUCUUUCCCGACCCUAAAACAACUUGUGGUCCUUACAAACCAAAAUGGAAAUUGUCAAUAAAUCCAAAAAAGGAUCAAUUCCCCACAUUUAACAAAGGCAAUCAUGAUACCAUCGGAAUGGUACUAGUUGAUGAAAAUGGAAAUGUGGCUGCUGGAACAUCUUCGAAUGGAGCGAGAAAUAAAAUACCCGGCCGUGUAGGUGAUUCCCCCAUUGUAGGGGCUGGGGCAUAUGUUGAUAAUUAUGUUGGUGGUGCUGCAGCUACUGGAGAUGGGGAUGUAAUGAUGAGAUUUGUGCCUAGUUUUCUGGUGGUAGAAUUAAUGCGUCAAGGCAAAAGUCCAUUUGAAGCAACUAGAGAAGCUAUCUUAAGAAUUAAAAAGUUUUAUCCAAACUUUUUUGGGGGAAUAAUAGCAACGACAAUUGAAGGAAAUUUUGGAGCAGCUUGUUCUGGAAUGGAAGAAUUUCGUUAUUCUUUGGUUAAGAAUAGUGGAGAACGGAGGGUUGAGGUUAUGAAAGUUGUUUGUGAGUGA